AAACUAAUUGGUAGUGAAAUUGAGAAGGAGGUAAAGAAGAGUGUUUCCGAAAUGUUUAAAACUAAAGCUCCAUCUCAACGAUUGACCUUUCCUGGGAAGGCCAGUUCUCAAGCCGAGAUUGAACAAUAUUUACAAUCACUGAAAGAAUUGGAUGCCAAAACAAAGGAAGGAAAAGUCUUUGCUUUUGUCUAUCAUUUAUCGGAGGGUCAUGAUGAAUUUGUUACAAAGAUGCACAACAUGUUUAUUAAUACUAAUUGUCUAUCACCAAUGGCAUUCCAAUCUUUGAGACAAAUGGAAAUUGAAUUGGUUGAGAUGACCUCUGAUCUUUUUCAUGGACAUGAUGAAUUUGGAUCAGUGUCGAGUGGUGGAACAGAAUCUCUCUUGUUAAUGCUCAAGGCCUAUCGUGACUUUUUCACAAACUAUCACGAAGAGUACAAGAAGAUAAUGUCUGAAAAGUAUCCUGAAAAGAAGGAUGAAAUUAACAAUUUUCAAGGUCCUUUCGAAGUGAUUGUUUGUACCAGUGUCCAUCCAGCUGUCAAUAAGGGAGCUCAUUAUUUUGGAUUGAAACUUGUUGAGGUUGAGGUGGAUAGAACAACAUUUACCAUGCAUCCAGAAUCUGUUGAAAAGGCUUUCAAUCCUGGAAAGACAAUUCUCGUAAUUGCAUCAUGUCCUAGUUAUCCUCAUGGUAUUCUUGAUCCUAUUGAGCAAUUGUCCAAGUUGUGUGUUAAAUUGGGACCUAUUGGAUUGCAUGUAGAUAGUUGUAUUGGAGGAUAUGUAGUUCCAUUCAUUAAUGAGGCAGUCAACCAAGAUGUUCUUCCACCAUUCGAUUUUAGAUUAUUGGGAGUUACCAGUAUUUCAGCUGAUUUACACAAAUAUGGAUACUCUUGUAAGGGAUCUAGUGUUAUCAUGUAUAGAAAUCCAAUGAUUAGAAAGCAGCAAUUCUUUGCCUAUGGUGAGUGGAGUGGAGGUCUCUAUAUCAGUCCAACAAUUAUGGGAAGUAAAGGAGGUGGUCCUAUCGCCUCUUCAUAUGCAAGCUUGAAAUUGGUUGGACGUGAAGGAUUUGUCAAAGUGACAAGAGAAAUGCUCAAUACUAGGAAGUACAUUCAGAAUGCAAUUGAAACAGAUGAGGUAUUAUCAAAGUAUUUGCAAGUUGUUGGUUCUCCAUGUUCUACCAUUAUUGCCUUCUCCUCAAAGGAAACUCUUUCAAAUUUUAGAAAUUCACUCACAAAAGAAGAGAAAUAUGAACCAAUCAACAUUUUUGCCAUUUCAGAUAGAAUGGAGAAGGAAUAUGGAUGGGAUUUACAACGUCAAACUAGACCAGACUCGCUCCAUAUGACCAUCAUGCCUCAACACAUUGGUUUAGAACAGAAACUUGUUGAAAACUUGAGGGAGUGUGUUUCAUAUGUUUCAGAACAUGGUACGGAUUACGAUGGAAAGGACAGUGUUGCAAUGUACGGUAUGAUUGCCAAUGUAAAGAAUCUUUUGAGUGGAGGUGUUGUUGAAUUGUUCCUUAAAACAUUCCUUGACGAAGUUUAU